AUGGAGUUCUGUAAUAAAACUGAUGCCCUUAGGGCAAAAGACAUGGCAGAGAAGAAGUUGGCAGAAAAGGACUAUGUUGGAGCUCAAGAAUUGGCUUUGAGGGCUCAGACUUUGUUUGCAGGCCUUGAUGGUCUGUCUAAACUGCUUGAAGUGAUCAACAUCCAUGUGAGGUCUCAGAGAAAGAUCAACGGCGAAGUAGAUUGGUAUGCGGUCCUCGGUGCUGAUUCUUCUGUGAGUGAUGAAACGCUGAGGAGGCGUUAUAGAAGGUUGGUUCUGGCACUACACCCUGACAAAAACAAAUCAACCGGGGCAGAUGGAGCAUUUGCAAUCGUUGCUGAAGCCUGGGGUAUGCUAUCUGACAAGGCUAAGAGGGCUAGUUAUGACCAGAGACGGGCUGCGAGGAAUGUUUCACAUGGGAAUCCUGCAAUGGAAGCUGGUCAGAAUGCCUUUCAUGCCCCAAUGAGCACACCCAGUGCACGACCUUGGAAUCCUUCGAUGGCACAUGGUCAGAGUGUGUUCCACACCCGAAUGAGCAUACCCAGUGCAAUGUCUGUGAAUCCUUCAAUGGCAAGUGGCCAGAAUAUCUUCCAUGGCCAUAUGAACACACCGAUUGCACGACCUCCAGCUAGCAUCCCCAGUAUCCAGCCAACCUCCAUGCCGCCUCACCAACCAGGGAACAUUAAUUUGUGUACUAAAUGCACGUGGUGUGGCACUGGUUAUGAAUAUCCGAGGCUGUACCUCAACAGGAUUCUUGUCUGCGGCAAAUGCCAGAAGUCCUAUUGGGCAGCACCAGUGGCAAGGGCUCCUGAGCAAGCAUCUUUUGUACCAUUUGGCCAACAACAGCCAUACUUUUCUCCUGCUUCUAGCCAAUCAAGUGCAUCUGGAACGAGAUACUUUACAGUAAACGUUCAAGCCACUGCAGACAUCCACCGAACUGGAGAAAGAUUGAGGACAGGAGGUGCAGGAGCAGAUGCAAAUACUUCCAGCACUGACAGCUUUACUUCUGAAAUACAAGGUGGGCCAAUGAAAAAGAGACGCAUGGAUGGACAAGCGUCGAAUAGUGAAAGAAAGGGAAGGGUUGGUCAAAUGGCUGCAAAAAGUGGCAGCCAGGCAAAUGUAUCUGGAAAUCAAAAGGCUUUUAUAGGAGCACAGAGGGUAGCACCUAACCGUUCAAGGGAUUUCACUCAGCCUCAGAUACGUAGCAUGUUGAUGGAGAAAGCUGUGUUGGAAAUCCGAAAGAAAGUAAAUGAAUGGAAUUUGAACGAUGCAGUAAAUGCUUCACUGAAAGAGGACAAGAACUUGAAGAAGCCUACAGCUACAGCAAGUGUUCCACAGGAUUCUGUAAAAGAUGGUAUGAAAGGAAACAAUGUGGAUGGUGCAUCUAUGCAUUCUGGUAGUGCAACCCAGAAUAAGAAGAGUUCUGUCUCUGCAGAACCAACAGAUGAAGACUCAAAAGCUAUUGUGGUCCAGUCGAUGAGUGUUCCUGAUUCAGAUUUUCAUGAUUUUGACAAGGAUAGAAUUGAAUCUUCAUUUGCUGAGAAUGAAGUUUGGGCUGCAUACGAUAAUGAUGAUGGCAUGCCCCGAUAUUAUGCUAUGAUCAAGAAGGUUAUGUCUAAAAGUCCAUUUAAAACGACUAUCAGUUGGUUGAACUCCAAGAGCAACAAUGAACUUGGACCAAUGAAAUGGAUUCUUUCUGGCUUUCCUAAGACCAGUGGUGAUUUCUGGAUAGGCAAGUCUGCAGUCUGUUCAUCACUCAAUACAUUCUCUCACAAGGUUAAGUGGACAAAAGGUUUGCGAGGAGUUAUUCAAAUCUUUCCAAGUAAGGGGGACGUCUGGGCUCUGUACAGGAACUGGUCUCCAGAAUGGAACACAUUCACUCCAGACGAUGAGAUACACAGCUACGAAAUGGUGCUAGUCCUUGAAGACUUCAGUGAGAAUGAAGUUGCUAGAGUUGUUCCUUUGACCAAAGUCCCCGGCUACAGAUCAGUGUUUAAGCAGCAAUCAGACCCCAAUGCAACCCGCGCAAUUCCAAAAGUGGAGAUUUUCAGAUUUUCUCAUCAAGUGCUUUCAUAUGUGCUAACAGGUGAAGAAGCUCCAAACGUUCUCGAGGGGUUUCUGGAGUUGGACCCUGCUGCCUUGCCUCCUGAUCUUCUGCAAGUCAUAACCGAGCCCAAGGAGGUCGAGGAAGAUGGAAGUACCUGCAAGAAGCUCCCGGCAGAAGAUAUGUCAGGUGGUGAAGUGAAACCACAAGAGGCUGAUACAAGAAACGAUAGCAAGGAGAAAGCGCCCGAGAGCGUUGCCAGCAAGCCUCUUCUGACAUAUUCAAAAAGACCAAAGGGGUAUAAAGCAACAGCUAAACCCAGUGCAUAAUCAGAUUCAUGCAGCUUCAUUUGUAGGGACA